GGAGCGAGCGCGCGCGCGAGGAAGGCUGAUCUCAGGCCAGGACCGCGCUGCAGUCCUCUUAUCCUGGGCCGGGUUUGCGACCGGCUCGCUUCACCCCAGAACCGGGAAGUGGGUGCACCCCCCCCCCCGCAGAGGCGUGGGGGAGCCCCGCAGGUAGCCUCUGCGCUGAUGGUCCGCCGAUGUCUCGCUUGCUGGAGGUGGGGAGUGUAGGAAGCUGUCAGGCAGUCCGUCCACAGGUGGGUAGAAGAUGAACAAGCCUCUGACACCAUCCACGUACGUUCGCAGCCUCAAUGUCGGAAUCAUUCGGAAGCUGUCGGAUUUUAUCGAUCCUCAGGAAGGAUGGAAGAAAUUAGCAGUGGCUAUUAAAAAGCCAUCUGGGGAUGAUAGAUACAAUCAAUUUCAUAUAAGGAGAUUCGAGGCGUUACUCCAGACUGGAAAAAGCCCCACUUGUGAGCUGCUGUUUGACUGGGGUACCACCAACUGCACAGUCGGGGACCUUGUGGAUCUUCUGGUCCAGAUUGAACUCUUUGCCCCCGCUACUCUCCUGCUGCCGGAUGCUGUCCCCCAAACUGUCAGCUGUGUACCUCCUAGAGAAACAGCAACAGUGGAACAGACACACAGGCCUUGCUGUGAAAAAGACAGCACACCUGUAAUGCCUGUGCCGAGGCUAGAACAGAGCUGUGGGCAGCCCGACUCCUCCAGCCCCGCCGAGAAGAGUCUGGAAUUCAGCGAUACGGAUACUCGUUUUCACAGUUUUUCAUUUUAUGAACUGAAAAGUAUCACAAAUAACUUUGACGAACGGCCUGUUUCUCUCGGCGGCAGCAGAAUGGGAGAGGGAGGCUUCGGAGUGGUGUACAAAGGCUGCGUGAACAACAGGACCGUGGCGGUGAAGAAGCUUGGAGCGAUGGUUGAAAUCAGUAGUGAAGAUCUGAAGCAACAGUUUGACCAGGAAAUUAAAGUAAUGGCGAAGUGUCAGCACGAAAACCUGGUAGAGCUGCUUGGCUUCUCAAGUGACAGUGAUGACCUGUGCUUAGUGUAUGCUUACAUGCCCAAUGGUUCCUUGCUGGACAGACUGUCCUGCCUGGAUGGCACUCCGCCACUUUCUUGGCACAUGCGAUGCAAGAUUGCUCAGGGUGCAGCUGAUGGCAUCAGUUUUCUACACGAAAACCACCAUAUUCAUAGGGAUAUUAAAAGUGCAAAUAUCUUACUAGACAAAGACUUUACUGCCAAAAUAUCUGACUUUGGGCUCGCCCGGGCUUCUGCAAAGUUUACCCAGACAGUCAUGACCAGCCGCAUCGUGGGCACAACGGCUUAUAUGGCACCCGAAGCUUUGCGAGGAGAAAUAACACCCAAAUCUGACAUCUACAGCUUCGGUGUGGUUUUGUUAGAGCUAAUAACCGGACUUGCGGCUGUGGAUGAAAACCGUGAACCUCAGUUACUCCUGGAUAUUAAAGACGAGAUUGAGGAUGAGGAGAAGACGAUUGAAGACUACACGGAUGAGAAGAUGGACGAUGCUGACCCUGCCUCCGUCGAAGCCAUGUACGCUGCGGCCAGCCAGUGUCUGCACGAGAAGAAAAACAAGAGGCCAGACAUUACGAAGGUUCAACAGCUGCUACAAGAGAUGUCUGCUGAAAACGAAUGAAACAGACUUCAUUUUUUAUAUGGAUAUCGAGUUCUAUGAGCACUCACCCCUUCACACACACACACACACACACACACACACAGACACACACACACACACCUUUUUUUUUUUUUCUAACUUCUUGUGGUCCUGGAGACUGAAGAAGCACUUUGGCGCUGAGCUACAUCACCAGCCUGCUUUCUUUUUUUUUUGUGUGUGUGUGUGUGUGUGUGUGUUUCCAUAAAUGUUCUUUAACAAGGUGGCAUGGUGCAGUGCAAUGUCCUGGUGAAUAAAUGGAUGUGUUGACACACCACAAAAUUGACAGUAGCAUGGCAGCACUCGGCCCCACCUACUCUGUGUGUUGAUCAUUUUCCAUGACAACAUCACCAAACUACAGCAGCCUCGCGAUUCAGGAAAACAACCCUGCACUGUAGGGUGCAGAGACCCUAGGGUUUGGGGUUUGGGUUUUUUUUUAGGGGGUAGUUUUUUUUGAGACAGUGUAGCCCUAGAUGUCCUGGAACUCACUCUCUUUGUAGACCAGGCUGGCCUCGAACUCAGAGAUCUGGGUUUAAAAGCAUGCAUCACCACCAUCCGGCCUGAGACCCUAGUGUGAAGUUCAGCAGAUUCCACUAAUCCCCUGUAAAGCUCUGGUCCAGCUCUUAGCCACCUUAAGCCUCGGUUUUGGCUUUUCUUUUUUGUUAAUGAACUCCAUGCUCCUGUAAAUACUCCUCCUAUGCUCCUGUAAGUAACCACCCACCACUGCUCCUGUAGCCCUCAUUAAACUCACUGGGUUCCCAGGGUCGACAUGGGUGGACAUGUUA